CAUUUGCAAGUUUUGCGUUUUGCAAACCAUUCGAUCUCCCUGCACGCAGCGGACGGGUUGUAGCACUCCGAGUUGUUUCAAGAAAAAAAAAAAAAUGAACAAUAUCGUCCGGAUUCAGCCUAUGCAAUAUAUUCAUCUUUUAGAUCUGAACACUAAUGUGACUGUACUGGAAGUGGGUCCAAAGAGUUUGAUUCUUCAAGAUAAUCACCAGUUAGUGGCAGGUCCUUUGCCGUUUGUGGUUAUUCCACCAGGUCAUUACUGUGUCAUACGAAACCCUGUCAAACAACCUUGUGAACCAGGGAAACAGUUUGACUUGAACCAUGGACAUAGAGAAAUUAGAUUUUUCAAGGAACCAUUCCCUCUUUAUCCUGGUGAAGCCAUUGAAGGAGUAAGAAAUGUGGCCAGCUAUAAACCUGGAAUCAAGGCUCUCCCUGUUAUUGGACCCAAUGAAGGUCUUCGGUUAACAGCCAUCGUAGAUCAUAUUGAUGGUGAAGAAGAGCGCAAAGCAGGAGAUAUGUGGCAGCUUGAGGGACCUUUGACGUACAGACCCACACCGUAUGCAAAAAUUGAAACAAGAGUGACACCUCGUAUCAUCAAACAUGGAGAAGCGUUACGUCUAAAGGCCAAGCAGGGAUUGAUAGACAAGAAAGGAAAGAAUCGUGUUACAUCUGAGCAAUGGUUAAUAAGAGAUCCUGGAGCCUAUUUACCUGGGGCCUAUGAAGAGGUACUGGGUGUAGAAAAAGCUCACACUCUGACAGAGACGACAGCCUUGCACAUGAGAGCAAAGCAGACAUGCACUGAUGCACUAGGGAAAAAGAGGAAUGCAGGGGAGGAGUGGCUUGUUACCUCUGAGGACACAGAGAUGUAUAUACCUGAAGUGUUUGAGGAAGUCGUGGCUGAAGUGACUCAAACAGUUUUGUCUCGUAAAGAUUACUGUAUUGUUAUGGACCCCAUUGAUAGCAAAGGCCGUAAUCAGCUGGGCAAGAAAGAACUUCGUAAAGGAGUUACCUCUUUUUUCUUACAUCCAGGAGAGGACUUGGAUGGUGGAAUACUGAAUUCUUAUAUCCUGGAGGCAGAUGAAGCCUUGGUAUUGUCAGCAGUGGAUCAUUUUGAUGAUGAUUCUGCAAAGAAGAAGUGUCAUCGUUCUCCAGGGGACCGCUGGAUGAUAUUUGGUCCGGUUGAAUACAUUCCACCAAUAGAAGUUGCUGUCAAAGCACAAAGGAUAGCUGUACCUCUUUGUGAAAAUGAAGGGAUUUAUGUCAGGGAUACACAGACUGGUGCAGUACGCGCUGUCAUGGGACCACAAUCAUAUCUACUGAGGGCUUAUGAGGAAUUAUGGGAAAAGGACCUCCCUGAUGACGUGGAAAAUAUCCUUAAGAAUGGUGGAGGCAUUGGCUCUGGUGACAUUCGGAAAAUGGCCUACUUUGAAUCUUCUAUUAAUCUGUCACUGACAAGAGCUGAGGGCAGAGACAAGACCCAGGUAAUUGUCUACCGUUGCCCUGGAAACACUGCUGUUCAGGUGUAUGACUAUUUAAGGAAAACUGCAAGAGUCAUCUUUGGACCAGACCUGGUUGUACUUGGACCACAAGAGAACUUCAAUGUGCUGUGCUUGAGUGCUGGGAAACCAAAGAAGCCAGACGCCUUGAAAACCAUUUGUCUGAUGCUGGGACCGGAUUUUAUAACAGAUAUUAUAGAGGUGGAAACAUCUGACCACGCUAGGCUUAAGAUCAAAAUUGCCAUGAACAAUUUCUUUGAGGUCGACAGAGGGAACGAUGAGUCAGAACAAGCAAUUUUUUCUGUCCCAGAUUAUAUUGGAAAUGCUUGCAAGAGUGUUGCCAGUAGAAUCCGCGGCAAAGUGGCACAAGUAGCGUUUGAUGAAUUUCAUCGUUAUUCCACCUCUCUCAUUAAGAAGGCUGUGUUCGGAGUCGACAAAGAUGGAGUAAUCAAACAACGCCUUCGAUUUGAUGCUAACCAACUGGUGGUAACUAAUGUUGACAUCCAAAGCAUUGAGCCUGUGGAUUUGCAAAUGAGUGAAAGCCUCAGUAAAUCUGUUCAAAUGGCCAUUGAGAUUUCUACAAAGUCCAUUGAGCGGGCUGCUGAGCAUGAAGCUAAAAGAACAGAACAGAUGGCUAAAGGAUUGUUAGAGAGGCAGAAGCUUACAAAUGAGAAGGAAGCUGAAAAUGCGCGGGUGAAGCUAUUUGAACUGAGAGCGAUUACUGCCGCAGUGGAAUCUUCAGGACAAUCUAAAUCUGAGGCACAGGCUCAGGCAGAACGUUUGCUAAUUGAAGGAGAAAGUGCAAUAGAAGUUGCUAAACUCAAAGCAGAAGCUGCUGAAGUUGAGCUACUUGCCGAGUUAGAAUCUCAAAGAAUGGAAAAAGAUGGCGAACUCCAACACCAGAAGCGACUUAAUGAACUCGAACUACAGAAGGCCAAAGAACUGGCAGAAAUUGAGACUGACAAGUUUGCCGCCAUGGUGGAAGCCUUGAGUGCAAAGACGAUCAGUAAAAUCGCGCGCUCGGGUCCUGAGUCAGAGGCCGGGCUACUUAAGGGACUGGGAAUACAGAAUGUCCUCAUUACUGAUGGCACCACGCCUCUGAACUUGUACCAGUCCCCAAGCGGUUUUUCUCAGGCGGGAAUGAUGAGCUAGGGACCGAUAACGAGAGCUCACAGCGUAAUACAAUAGUCAGUAAUUUUAAGUUGAACUUUCUUCCUCGAUGUGAUAACAGACUGGUAUUUUAACAGUAAGUUCUUUCUGUGCACUUGCACUUAAAACAGCAAUGGAAAAAAAUGGAUUCAAAUAUGAAGAGGAAAAGAGAAAGAUUUGGAAUUUUUGGUUCAAAGCAUAGAUUUAGUACUCCAACUAAUGGAAAGUUUCUUUUAAAGAUGGACAAUUAAAAUGGCAAUAAACAGUGCAGGGAAAAA